CUCGAGCAUCCCCCCGCCGUGUGUUGCAGGGGAGCAGCGCCAUGGCCGAGAACACGUCGCCGAGCCCCGGCGGGGCCAUCACGCCGGUGCAGCAGAUGCUGGCCUCGGGGACGGGGGCCAUCCUCACCUCCCUCUUCGUGACGCCGCUGGACGUGGUGAAGAUCCGGCUGCAGGCCCAGAAGACCCCCUUCUCCAAAGAGCUGACACCGAGUGAGGCGGUCCCCUGGCUAACAGCAAUGCUUUUGCCUCCCACCCCAGGGAAGUGUUUCCUCUACUGCAACGGGCUCAUGGACCAUCUGUACGUCUGCCAGAAUGGCAACGGCUGCACCGCCUGGUACAAGGCCCCCACCCGCUUCACCGGCACGCUGGAUGCCUUCGUGAAGAUCACGCGCUAUGAGGGUGUCAGGUCUCUGUGGAGCGGCUUGCCCCCCACCCUGGUCAUGGCUGUGCCAGCCACCGUCAUUUAUUUCACUACCUACGACCAGCUCCGGGACUACCUGCAUGCUCGGACGGGAAGCCGGGGGCACCACAUCCCCUUGCUGGCUGGGGCCCUUGCCAGGCUGGGUGCCGUGACAGUCAUCAGCCCUUUGGAGCUCAUCCGCACCAAGAUGCAGUCCCGGCAGCUCAGCUACCGGGAGCUGGGCGUCUGCAUCCAGUCGGCGGUGGCUCAGGAUGGCUGGCUGUCCCUCUGGAGGGGCUGGGGACCCACCGUGCUGCGAGACGUCCCCUUCUCAGCUCUCUACUGGUUUAACUACGAGCUGGUGAAGGAAUGGCUCUGCGGGCAGGCCCGGGUGGACGAGGCCACGUUCAUGAUCAGCUUCGCAUCCGGGGCCAUCUCUGGGACGGUGGCUGCAGUGCUGACGCUGCCCUUUGAUGUGGUGAAGACCCAGCGGCAGAUCGAGCUGGGAGACAGCGAGACACUCACCCGCUCCCCUCUCCCCGCAGUCGCAGCCUCCAAGCCUUCUUCCACCUGGCUGCGCAUGCGGCGCAUCCGUGCCGAGUCCGGCACCCGGGGGCUGUUUGCAGGCUUCCUGCCCCGUGUCAUUAAGGUAGCACCCGCCUGCGCCAUCAUGAUCAGCACCUACGAAUUUGGCAAGACAUUCUUCCAGAAGCUGAACCAGGAGCGGCAGCUGCGUGGGUUGUGAGCCGGGGCUGGGGCAGGGCUGAAUGCGGACGGUGACCUGGGGGACAGUGCCAACCCUGCUCCUGGCAAGGCGCCCCGGGAGCAACGAACCGUGCUCAGCUGUGCAAAGCCCAAGUGCCUCCGUGCUGCGCUCUGCCUCCCCGCUGCCUGCGCACGGAGGCAGGGCCAGCCCGGCCCCGCUCUCCAUCCCCAGCCACACUGGGGGACAUCUCUGCCUGCUGCUGUGACGCUGGGGGGGAUGUGGAGUCCCCUGUGCUCAUCCCUUGAGGCCGGACAGAUGCUGCUGCUGGAUUCGUGGACACUCUGGCGAGGAUGGGGUGCCCCAGGAGACUCAGCAGGGCCAGGAGAUGGGAGCUGCGGCUCUGGCGAGGACCAAACCCUCGGGGGCUUCUCUGUGUGCCUGCCUGGGCCCCCCAGCCCUGCUCUGGCCAGGGGUCUGCCCCUCCUCACCAUAAGUCACGCACAGCGUUCCUUUGCCAGCUCUGCAUGGCAUGGGGACACGUCAGGACCCGUUCCCUGCCUCCGGACCUCUCCUCCCACUCGGGGUGUCCCUGUCCCCUGGCAGACGCUGGGGUUGGACCCUCUGUGGGGACAGACCUUGCUGCUGCUUUGGGGGGGCCGGCAGGCAUUCUGGCAACAAACCUCUGCCUGUGCCCUGUCCCUUCACUGUGAGGGCCUGCCCCAGCGUUGUGCCCCGUGUGGGUGCUGCCCCAGCUUGCCCUGGGACUCCAUGGAGGGGGGAAUUUCUCUUAUUUUCUUAAAUAAAAGAAAAUACUAUUUGUCUCUUA